AAGUAACACUAGCGAAUUUACACCAGCGUCCGUUAGUGAAUCUGCGAAUUAACGAAAAUGCGCUACGCUGGCGUAUUUACGCUAGUGUUAGGCGCUUCAUCGUUUAGUGAAUUUGCCCCAUUGGACUGGGUACAGACAGAUGGAGAUAAUUUGGGGGAGAAAAUAUAGCCUCAGGUUUUUUUAUUCAUGCUUUUAUAACAGUUGUUUUAUAUUUAAUUAUAAUAUUUGAAAACUUGCUUGAAGCCAGCACAGCACGUAUAAAGGUAAAGUGUGCCUGGUUGCAAAAUGCAAACAAUAAGAUAACUGUCCCAAAUAAGGCAUGCACUCACAGAUCUUAUCCAAGGUGAAAAAAUGGUGUUUAUUCAGCAAAAAACUGCAGUUUUUUGCUGAAUAAACACCAUUUUUUUCACCUUGGAUAAGACCUGUGAGUGCAUGCCUUAUUUGGGAUAAUUAUAAUAUUCCUCAUACUAUAUCAGCUGUAAUGCAAUAGUCUAUUUUUAUCGGAUAGGGGCCAUUGCCGCACUCGACAGGGAAACAGUAAAACCUGCUAUGAGAACGCCUCCCACAGAUCCGCUCUGGCUGCGGUGAUUCACACGUGAAGAAACUUGAUUGUAUGUGAGGCGCCAAUGAAGCAGGAUGUCGGGGAAACCAAACUUGUAGUAAAACGUAGAAUCUUUAUUAGUUCAGGUUAAAACACAAUCUUAAACUGCGGGCAGAGGAACCAGCUUAACGCGUUUCGUGACCAAAGUCACUUCAUCAGAAGCAUAAGCGCCCCCUACAGAUACAAGACUUAUAAAACCAAACCAAUUAAAAAUGCAUAUUAGUUUAAAAUCAAGUGAUCACCAUACAAAAAUGAAAAUUCUUAUAAUGAAUAUAAUUAAUGAACACUGUGCAAUAGUCUAUUUUUAUACUCUCUGUUUUUCUCUCUGUCUAGUUAAGGCUUAUUGUACAUGAGGAGAAGCAUUUCGGCAUCCUUCAUUUAGUUAAACGGAAUCCAAAUAUGAAUUUUCUAGCCAAAUACAACUGUGCGCAGAUUUAAUUUAAUGAAAUCACAAGUGGCUUUGGCACAUUUAGGUGCUUCUCUGUCCAAACUUAUUUUCCUUUAUAUUUGACAUUGUUGGCUUCUAAUAAAUGUAAAACUUUUUGCAUUGUGUUUGUGCAGACCUACUUUUGCAGUUGCUUUGAAUAGUUUAUACUUUGCCAAGCAUCCAGGAAGCCCCACUAUAAGUUGUGACACCAGAACAUAAAAAGGUUUUAUACCUAUACAUAACAUAGUAUUUGUUUGCUUGUUUUGUGUACACACAUGUUUAAAAGUGUACACAGAAAGGAAAUUUUGUACACAAAAGUUUUUUCCUUGUUUUUUUCCUUGUAACCCCAUAUGUAUUAAAAGGUACUAAGUUUGCCUAUGUGCAGUAAACUAUAGCAACCAAUAAAAUGCUUGCUUUUAAACAGGUGACCAGUAAAUGCUUCCUGCUGAAUAGUUGCUAUUGGUUACUGCACCUGCACAGACUUAGUGUAUUUUAUUACAUGACCCUAGUCUCUAUGAGCAUAGGGCCCCCCUACAAAGAAAGCAGAUCUGGGCUCCCCGGUGGCCAAGGGGUCUGCUUACUCUGUAGAUAUGCCACUUGGUGAUCCUCUGUAUGGAAUAUAGUAUAGCUAUCGUUUAGCUUAUAAAACAGCUAAUAAAACAGUGUGGUUCUUAUUUUAAAUGUAAAAUAUAUGUUCUGUAUGUGCUAGCAAUUAAAUAAUUCAAAAAGAAAAACCUUUAAGCAAGGCGCAUAUGGAUCCAUAUGGAUAUGAAUGCAGUUUUACUCCAAAAUCCACUCACUGUAGCUGCAGUUAGCCCUGUGUGCGCCUAGCCUUAUGUUACUAUGUUCACCUCUGCACUUACUUACCUGGGCACAGAAGAACCCUGCAGUAAGUGUUUUGAAAAGGUCAUGGACAGGAAUGUUAAAUGGUGUUGUGCCAAGGAUCUUUGGCACUCAAAUCAAGUGUGGUACCACACCAUACCUGAAUUUUUAUGCACCAGAGAAGUCAUUCACCCAACCCCAGUGCCCUCUGGUUGCACCAAAGCCCUCCCACCCACUUGUACCUGUCCCCUCUGAUGGGUUGUUUGGACCCGGAUAGUUGGACAAUGGGUAUGGUUAGGUCCGGUUUAAACAGCGUGAGUUAGUGUUGAUGUGGAUAUAAUCACACUUAUGUACAGUUUGCUGCAGCUGUCAUAGCUUUGCAGUUGGAGUGAUUGGCUACUUUUUUAACAUUUGCUACAGGAAGAUUUCAGAUCAGGGACAUGUUGAGCCUGUAUAGCUAGUCAACUAUUGCUAAGUGAAAAUCACCUCUACAACUCUAUGGUUUUCACUGCAGGAAAACUCCACCCUGUUCUUCUGACAACAUUGUUUGCUGGCAGCAGCAGUAGCAGCCAUUUCAGCACUUUUAGAAACAUGUGUCAGUUACAUUCAGUCCAGCCAUCGCGCAAGACCCUGCUGUACAUUUCUGACUGUGAUGCACAUCCCAUCCACUUCUUAACAGGAUCUGCACCCAGUAACUACAGCCAUGUUAGGGCCCAAUGGCAGCCUUGAUCCAGAGGAAGGUGACCACUGCCUCCACUCAAUCUCCAGCUGUCUACAGUUUGCCUUACAGAGGAAACAAUUCCUAAUUCCAAUCUGACAGUCCCUGGACCAGCUGUGCUCAACUCAAAGAGAGGAACAAAGAUGAAUACAGAGGAACAGAAUGCAGGGCAGAAAGCAACAAUAUAUUGAAAAAUUGUAACCUGUUAAGCUAGAAUUAACCACCAUUGGUAUAGAGGCUUCUGAAACAGCUGGAGCAAGAAUUACAAAAAAAUUACUAACCCAACAAUCAGUGCUCCUUGUUACUGCUUUAGCUCUGAAAAUGCACUGCUUUUGAAAGAACAUUGGGUCCUGGGGAUAGCACGUCUACAAUAAAUUUCCUCAACUAUAAAGAAAAUAUUUUCAUUUACAGUGGCCAUUGUGUGGGUUCUAAAAAUGUAUUUAUUUGACAUAUUGGAUGGUUUUAUUACCAUAUUUAUUAUACAAGACCCCUUAGAGAUGGACAGGUGGUAUUAUCCCCUAAGGUAAUGCUACUUGUCCUGGCUCCCUAAUCACUCCCAACGCCACUACUGCACCCCACAUAGUAUUUACACCCCUUGUGCUUUCUACCAAUCAGCUUCUUCGCUGAUCAUUCCCCCUGCUCUUCUUCACUGACUCCCACUCUACUCCCUGCUUUCCCUGCAGUUGUGCCUCCCCCAGUUGCAUCAAAGACAUAUACCUCUGCUGUCUGACCCCCACCAUCCGUUCAUUUGAAACCAACUUCCCCCCAUUGUUUGCCACCAGUCCCCCACAUCCCCAGUGGGAACUAUGCAAUUUUUCCCCUGAAAUGCCACCACUCAAGUUGUGCCCUAGGCACCUGCCUACUUAUUGUUCUGUCCCUGUUCCCUAUAUACAGUAAUUUGUUUUAAGCCUUUUUAAGAAUGGAGACCCCAAUGCCUCAGUGGUAACACAUACACCUGUGCAACAAGCAGGCAGAAAAGACAGAAAGAUAGCCAUCUGUCACAGAAUUACUUCUUUUAUGUCACACGUCUGGAAUUGAAUUAUGGGUUUUAAUAUGCAUUGAUUGGUGCAGGCAAUAGUGAGAUAAAAUCUUUUUAUAGGACAACCCAUAUUAUAUUUAUUUAUAUGUAUAAAUAUGACCUUUGGCUCUAUGGCUGAUGAAUGAAAGUAUAUUUCAAGUAAUUGCUUAUCCCUGGGUCAUUGGAAAUAUCUAACUACCCUAAAUCUUUGUGUUACAGGGACGCUCCAGCAGAAAAAUGGAUGUAAAAGAGGCACGCAAGAGAAACACCACAGACUGUAAUGCCAUCAAAGCCACCAAAAGCAAUCCCACUAUGUGUCUGAAUAAAAGGAAAGUGAGAAGAAAAGAAGAAAGAUCUGCUGAGAAGACAGCAACAUGGAUUUGAAGAAAAAGAAGAGAAGCAGUAGUCCAGAGGAGGACUUGUCUGGAAAAAGAACUUGCUGCAGGAAGACAUCAACUACAGAAGAUGAGAGGUGUAUUACAAAGAGAUCAAGAAGCCCAGAGGAGCAUCCAAUUGAUGGAAAGGAAGAGAAAAGGAUUAGAGUGGACACCAAAACACCACCGUCCCUCAGUAUUACCAACUACAGACUCAUGAAAGAGCUGGGGAAAGGCAACUUCGGCAGAGUGAUGUUAGCGUCGUAUGCCAUAAAGGACCAACUUGUGGCAGUUAAAAUUAUGCCGAAGAAGAACGGGAAGGAAUUCAAAUAUGUCAGAGGAGAAGCCCAGGUUCUUCAGUUAGGGAGAGAAUGCCCAUUUCUAUGCCGGGCAUUUACAACAUUUCAAACUCAGUCACAUCUGAUGAUGGUACUGGAGUAUGCAAGAGGCGGCACACUGGAAAGCCUAAUUAAGAAGCAAAAGAACAUGAACAGCCAGAAAAUACUGUUUUAUUCAUCAGAAAUAGCAGUGGGUUUGCAGUUCUUGCAUGCCAAAGGGAUUGUACAUCGGGAUCUCAAGCCAGAAAAUGUUUUUCUUGAUGAACAAGGCCAUAUUAAGAUCGGCGAUUUUGGACUUGUCUGUACCAAUACAGUUGAACAUAAAACCCUUUCUGGGAUUUAUGGCACACCAGGCUAUAUAGCCCCAGAGAUUUUGUCAGAGGACCCAUAUGACGCAGCGGCAGACUGGUGGUCGUUCGGGGUCAUUGUAUACGAAAUGGCCACCGGUAACUUACCAUUUCCACCAGAGAGAAAUCUUAAACAUCACCUAAAGACGAUCAUCUAUGAGAAGCCAAGGUAUCCAAAAUCUCUUGGGCCUGAAUUGCGUGACCUCCUUCAACAGCUUUUGAAGAAAACCCCUGACACUCGCCUUGGGGUCUAUUCCAACAUUCGGGACCACCCAUUCUAUUCAUCAAUUGACUGGGUGAAAGUGGAAAGAAAACAACUGGUUCCACCUGUAAAACCAAAAAUGAGAUCCGUUGCAGGGCUCUGCAAUAGGAACAUCCCAUUCCCAAAAGAAGACCCCAGGGAAACCAGCGUGCUUGAAAAUUUCAGCUAUGUAGAUCCAAGCUGGCAAGAAUAAGUCAUCUUUGUGCCACCCAAGAGUGACCAUCGAUAUGUUGUGCAACAUUCCACUGGGAACAUCUGCCUGGUUUCUCCAAUUCUUCAUCUUUAGCAACCCAUCGGGUAAAGUAUAACAUUCUGGCAUCAACUAAGGUAAGUGAAUGCUGUGUAUCCAUCUCAAUGCUGUCAACACCGUCAGCUUCUUGCAGGUUAACUGCUAGUCUGCUAUACCUUAGAUAACCAACAGGUUAAGUUGCCACCCGAAAUGGAGAUUUGUCACCUGCCUUCAUCUGAUGUAUUAGAUCCAGGUUUGUAGGAGUGUGUGUGAGGCAGCCACCAACACCAGAGCAAGCAGCUGCCUUUAAUGCUUAUUUUUGUUAAUAGUUUUUGUUCUAAGUUGAAAAAAAAACAAAAAAAAAAAUCCCCCCCAUGUUACCCAUGUUUUUCCAUCUUACCCAUCCUCCCCAUCUUCUCCUCCCCCCCCCCUUAUAUUUCAUGCUAUGCACAGUCUGCUACCAACAUCUAUACAUGGCCUGUGAUGUCACCAGAGGGGGGGAUUGGGGUGGGCAUGGCUAGUGGCCUGUGACGGCUCAAUUUUCAAUCUUUGUCCAUUCACAAGCCACUAGCGGUACCCCUCUGGUGCUAUCACAAUCUACAUCUAAAAUCUGUAGAAUUCUUACCAAGGUCUUAUGGUUGAUCAGCUGAGAUUUCCAACAUUAGGAAAAGCUGUUGCUAAUAACAACCACCAUACUUGUACAUCCAGACCCUUAAUUAAUGUCAUUCAUGCUAUGUUUAUUAAGGAAUAGCCCCAUGUAUUGUCAGAUGUAGUGCAAUAUACUGUAUGUAGUAUCAAUGCCUCGAUAACUACCAUAAUAUAUAGAGAAUGUAUUUAUUCUGUUAACACCUUCAGCUUCUUGCAGGUUUAACUGCUGUUUUGCUGUACCUUAGAAAUCCAACAGGUUAUGUUGCCAUCGGAAAAGAUUUGUCACCUGCUUUCAUCUGACAUUUUAGAUCCAGGUUUGUAGGUGUGUUUGUAUAAGCAGCCACCAACACCAGAGCAAGAACUUGCAGCUGCCUUUAAUGUUUAUAUCUAAGUUUUUUUCCUUGUGAAAGACAUAGCCACCAAAAAUAUGCUUCAAAUUACAUUCUACCACAGUGCUACAGAGACAGGACAAGUACAAUCUUGAUCCUGAUACCAGUACAUAUAUCUGGCUAAAUCCAAAAAGUACAUCCUAUAUACCACCUAAAUAUUUGCAAAAACUGUAAAAGAGGGCAUUGACUAAACCACAUACUUGUCCAUCACUUAUUUAACAUCCAGGUCCUUAUGAAGUGGCUAUUUGUUACAGUUCUAAGUUUAAAAAAGAAGAAAAAAUCCCACCAUCUUCUUCCCCCCCUUAUAUUUCAUGCUAUGCACUGCCUGUUACUAACAUCUAUACAUGGCCUGUGAUGUCACCAGAGGGGGGGAUUGGGGUGGGCAUAGCUAGUGGCCUGUGACAGCUCAAUGUUCAAUCUCUAUCCAUUCACAAGCCACUAGCGGUACCCCUCUGGUGAUACCAACCUACAUCUCAAAACUAUAGAAUUCUUAUGGUUGAUGAGCUGAGAUUUCCAACAUUAGGAAACACUGCUGCUAAUAAAAGCCACCUUACUUGGAAUAACCCCAUGUAUUGUCAGAUGAAGUGCACAAUAUGAAGUCUGUGUGCCUUAAUUAACAUAAGGGGAAAAAAACUGCAAAUCAAGCUUAGAAACCAAGCAAUUUUUUGCAUAUUUCACCUGUCCCCCCAUUGAGCACAUGGACCCUGAUAGCCUUCCUAAGAGCUUCUAACAAUAAUCUUUAUGGAAAAAUAUCCUUGUUAACCAUUUUUUUCUGAGCAUUUAUUUUCCAGUGCUGCCAUAUUGAACCAGCUGCACAGUUUUCCUCCGCACCAUCGUUCACAUUUACCAACCAGGAUACAGAUUAACAGAUACAGAUUUCAUGUUUGGAGAGCAGAAGGUUCCGCAAAGUACUGGAAUAUUGAAUAAAGCCUCAGGACACACAGCUACUGUCUAAAUAAAACCUGUUCCUGGAGAAGACAGCAGGAAUUAACCAACGAUUUACAGCAUCAAUAAAAUAAACUAUUUUAAAGUUAAAAACUCUGCUGCAUAUUAUUCUGUUACAGGAACAAAGAUGAAUCCACAGGAGCAGAAUGCAGGGCAGCAAGCAACUAUCUAUUGAAAAAUUCUAACCCCAUGAAGCUGGAAAUAACCACCAGUGGUAUCAAGGCUUCAGAAAUAGCUGGAGCAAGAAUAAAAAAAAUAUUUAGCCAUAGAGAUUAGUAAGUGCAGGUGGUAAUACUAAUACUGACUAAAAUAGUUUAAAAUGUACUACCUGACUAACCCAACAAUCUAUGCUGCUUGUUACUGCUCUGAAAAAUCACCGCUUUUGAAAGAACAUUGGGUCCUGGGGAUUGCGCAUCUCUAAUAAAUUUCCCAUAACAUUAGAGACCCCAGCAGAAAAAUGGAUGCAAAAGAGGUACGCAAGAGAAACACCACAGACUGUGAUGCCUUCAAGGCCACCAAAAGCAAUCCCACUAUGUGUCUGAAUAAAAG